AUGUGACAGCAGCUGCCAUUUUCGGAGGACAUGUCCCAUCUUGCCGAGUGUCUUUUUCACAUAACAGUAUAUUUUCUUCAUCACCACGACAAUGCACUUCACUCCAGAAAACAGGAAUAAGGCCUAAUCCAGAGAAGGAUUUCCCAAUGACAGUGGUGAAGAACUUAGUCAUGUACACACAGCAAAACACACAAGAGGAUUGCUAAAGCACUGAGAUCCAUCAUGUCAGCAAUCAAUGGUUUAAGGCUCUGAGAAUCUAAACUGAAACUGAGCAAUGUAACACCCUCUGAAGGACUGCAAAUGUCUUAUGUGGGCAGAGCUGGAGAAAAUGAGGGGUCUCACCCUGUGCAGCUCAGCGGAAGUUUCUAAAGGAUCAGAAGAUGAAGCAAAGCAUGAAGGUUAACCUACGAAUAACCACGCUGGAUAUUGGAAUUGGAUAUAGAGGACGUACAUUAGAAAAACCGAGCAGGUGCUUAAGUGGUCACAGCUGUGACACGGCCUGAGCCGGGUGUCGCCUCAGGGGUGCUCCGUGCACUGCAGCGGCUGAGCGAACGUGAACUCGACAUCUACACCUGAACAUCGCCAGCACCCCACGGAAACCGGCGGUGCGUUGGCACCGGGACUUCCCCGCGGGCAUUGCUCGGCACGGAAGUGACGCGCGGGCGGGAAGUGACGGCGGCGGGAGCGCGGCGGCGCGGGGCCGGUGCGGCCAUGAACAGCCGCCUGCAGGAGAUCCGCGAGCGGCAGAAGCUCCGCCGCCAGCUCCUGGCGCAGCAGCUGGGGGCCGAGAACGCGGACAGCAUCGGCGCCGUGCUCAACAGCAAGGAUGAGCAGCGGGAGAUCGCGGAAACCAGGGAGACCUGCAGGGCUGCUUAUGAUACUUCUGCACCAAAUGCAAAACGUAAAUAUCCAGAUGAGGGAGAAGCUGAUGAGGAAGAGAUUGAAGAAUAUAAGGAUGAAGUAGAGCUGCAGCAAGAUGAAGAAAACCUGCCCUAUGAAGAAGAGAUUUACAAAGAUUCCAGUACCUUUCUUAAGGGCACUCAGAGCUUAAAUCCACACAACGAUUACUGCCAGCACUUUGUGGAUACAGGACACAGACCCCAGAACUUCAUCAGAGACGUUGGGUUAGCAGAUAGGUUUGAAGAAUAUCCAAAACUUAGAGAGCUCAUCAGAUUGAAGGAUGAGCUGAUAUCUAAAUCUAACACUCCUCCCAUGUAUUUGCAAGCAGACUUGGAAGCCUUUGAUAUUAGGGAACUGAAGUCCAAAUUUGAUGUGAUUCUCCUGGAGCCACCACUGGAAGAAUAUUACCGAGAGACUGGCAUUACUGCCAAUGAAAAAUGCUGGACCUGGGAUGAUAUCAUGAAAUUGGAAAUUGAAGAAAUUGCAGCCCCAAGGUCAUUUGUGUUUCUGUGGUGUGGCUCGGGCGAGGGUCUGGAUCUGGGCCGAGUGUGUCUGCGCAAAUGGGGUUACAGAAGAUGUGAGGACAUUUGCUGGAUUAAAACAAAUAAGAACAACCCUGGCAAAACCAAGACUCUAGACCCCAAGGCUGUCUUCCAAAGAACCAAGGAGCACUGCCUCAUGGGCAUCAAGGGCACCGUGCGCCGCAGCACCGACGGAGACUUCAUCCACGCCAACGUUGACAUCGACCUCAUCAUCACUGAGGAGCCCGAAAUUGGCAACAUAGAGAAACCUGUGGAGAUUUUUCACAUCAUUGAGCAUUUCUGCCUCGGGCGACGGCGGCUUCACCUCUUCGGGAGAGACAGCACAAUUCGACCAGGUUGGCUGACGGUGGGACCCACCCUGACCAACAGCAACUUCAACGCAGAAACGUAUUCCUCGUAUUUCACGGCUCCCAACUCCCACCUGACCGGCUGCACCGAGGAGAUCGAGAGGCUGCGGCCCAAGUCCCCGCCGCCCAAGUCCAAGUCCGACCGGGGUGGGGGUGCUCCCAGGGGAGGAGGAAGAGGAGGGACUUCGGCAGGACGGGGAGAAAGGGGCAGGGAGAGGAACAGAACCAACUUCCGUGGUGAGCGGGGAGGCUUCAGAGGGGGCCGUGGAGGGACCCAUCGAGGGGGCUUCCCCACCCGCUGAGGAGGUGACGGCUGCUUCCCCUGCCUACACCUCGUCUGGGAAUCUUUCCUGUAGUCUUGUUUUUCCUACAGUGAAUUCCUCUGGGGACUCAAGCUAGAUGACUUUUACAGUUGUUUUUGGUGUACACCAUUCCAGACAGUCGGCAUUGCAGUCUGGCACAGCUCCUCACCUGGCCAUGUCCUGCAUGGGCAGCACUGAGCUCAGAGCAGAGAGCACCAGCCCUUCACACCAGGGGUAGGAUGGAAAUUACCCCUUUGCUCUCCACUUGGGAACCUUCUGAGGUGGAGACUUCUUUUUCAACUUCAUUUUCUCCAAAACAUGGAUUCCUCCUCCGUCGUUGGAGGUUUGGGUUUAGACUGACUUGGAAUAAUAUGAUGGAGUGGGCAUGAAAUGCAGUUCUGAGUUGCAUGGCCACAGCAGACUUGCUGUCUGUGUCUGUACUGACACUUAUUUUAACUUCUCUAAAACCAAGGAGCAAAUGAAAUAAACAGAAUUCUAUUUUUUCUUAUUUGGUUUAAACUUCCCAAAUUAUUCCUGGGAAGAGGAAAAGGUUAAUUUUUAAUUUGUGGUGUAUAUGCGGUCACCUGUCGUGUCAGUAGUGGGGAGAGUGGUAAUUCUGUGCAGCUGUGUGUUGUCCUUCCUGGAAAGCACCGAGUUGUGCAUUUAUGUGCAGCCCAGAAACUGGGCACAGGUCUGGGCUGCUCCUUGAGUGGGGAUUUUCCCCCCUGUGUGUGUCUGUAACACCACCUUGUUCCUUGGGAGGGAAGAGCAGUGUCACUGCAGAGUGGUCCCAGAGACCUCGCUGGAGGGAGGAUUGCACCCGGGAGGUGAUGUGAGUGUGUGAUCUCUGACACAGGGAGCACUGAGGGAACGCAGUGCCGCCUUCCCUGAGGGUGUUGCACACAUUUGAGCAUGGCUCUUGCUGAUCCAGUGCAGUGUGGAAAGUAAGUGACCCCCUUCCCUAGGUACCAUCUCUGUUUUUAGCAAAACCACAACUCUGAGCUUCUUGUGCAGUUCUUGGUAGGCUGAACAAACCUGGCUUUUGAUGUCUCACGGUCUUAGGUGUGGGUUUUGGAAAACUGGCAUUUAAGUCUGAAUGUUUCUCCUGAAGUCCAGCUUUUAAAUAACUGUCUUUUAAAGUAUGGAUUAUUAAACAUGUUUAUCAAA